UCCGUGCAGUUAUUGCACUCCAAAAAACAUCUUUAGCACUUAGUAUUAAAUGCUGCGACUCGACGUGAAGCAGUAUAAACGUUGAACCAAUAUAUACCAGUUGAAUUCACGCUGGUUGUUUGUGUUUUUGUUGUCCAGUGUGUCUCGCGUGAACAACCUGUUGUUUUGUCCAGCUGCUUUUCUUAAAGCAUGACUUUUGGGUUAUGAGUAAGCUGUUUUGCUCAUGCUGCUGACCAGUGUGUCUGAUUUGACCGAGCACAGAUCUGAUUGGUUAGAGAUGACUAAUAAUGCUUAUUCCUAGCAGAAUGCACACAGUACAAGGGAUCAGCAGCUCAUUCCAUUGCAUGAAGUCUGCAUUACUGAUGUGUGCCACUAAAGCCGGUGUAAACUGCUUGCAUGACCUAGCAUGUUGGGGUAUAUCUGGCAGUGCUUCUAUUCCUCAUGUCUGCGCUUCUGGUUGAAAUGGUUCCUCCGGCUGAUCACAGGAAGAUGCGAGCUGCAGCGUAUUUGUGCCCGAUGCAAAACUGGAGCUCCGAGGACGUCACAGAUAGAGUAUUCUCUGAAGUCCUCCAAAAGCAAGGUAUUGCGAGCGGCUCUGUCUUUGAAGGAGAAUGAUUUGGACGACCAUCUGGCUCAAAUAAUCCGGGAAAAGAGAAUCAAGGAGCAGAAAGAUCCUACGUGAGGCUCUCUUAAGACUGCAUUAAGUUUGUUCAGUAGGGAAAAUAAACUUGAACAUUUUGCAAUGCACCUUAUUUUGUGACAUUCACAUUUUUAUAUUCUUGAGUUGAUC